CAAAUGCUCAUCCUGUGGUGCCCAGGUUGAGAUCUCCCUGAUGGGGGAGCACAUCUGUCAGCCAGACGCACUAAGCACUUCACCACCAGUAGCCGCACCUGACAGCUUCCGCCCAUUGGACCGUCCACUCCCCCCCAAUGAGAGCAGACCGGGCCGCAUUCCACCUCCGAGGGUCGAUACAAUAGCUGCCAGCAAGUCCUCCCAUAUUCGCUCGUCAUCUCCCCAACCGGAUGCUAACUGCGAAAGAAGACCAUCCUUCUGUGACAAAUGGUCAGAUGACCCCCAUGAGCAAUGCAACGGGGUCUCAUGCCGUUUCCCCCCGAACUCCCGCACCCUAUAGGUCGGACGACUACUUUCCACCUCAGAUCGGCCCCGAUCAUAGUAGUACUUAUUCACCCCACGCGGGAAAACGACCCGGAGGUUACGGAGGUUUCGGCGACCCCAGUAUUGCGGAGACCCCGCCUGCCACAGCUGCUAGCGGUCCCAACAAAGCACCGGGCCAAGGCAGCCUCCUCCAAAGAAUGAACACGAUUACCCCCGGUCCGUUCGAGGCCGAACCCAAGCCGGCGAUGUCACCCCUGCACAACGCAUUUCCGCCGAGAGAUGAGUCAACGCCGCGUGAGAACGUGACCUUGGAGAUCCCCAAGACGAGCCCGAGGGCCAUCGAACCUCCCGACGACGCGUUCGUGCCGCCCGCCAAGCCAUUGGCCGCCUCACCCUCUCCCAUAACCGACGGCUUUGCUUUCCUGGGGAACAACCAUACCGGAAUCGCACCGCCCAAGGUGCCCAGGAAAAAUGGCUACGGUGGCUUCGGACCUCCCACGCAAUCACCUGACGACUAUGAACCCCGACCCUUCGGCGCAAUCCGAUCCGGUACCUUCCCCCGGCCCAACGAUCGCAUGGGGCCACCGGUGAGAACCCCGGUGAGAACCCCAUCCGCGCCCACCACGCGACCGGAAUCGUUACAACAGCGUCCCGACACCUCGCGAAUGCCUCCUCCCCGCACGAGCCUGCUCCGACCGGCAACCGCAGGCAGGGACGGUCCGUCCAUCAACCUGGCCGACGAGUUUGGCAGCGCAAACCCGUACCACUCGCCGUCCGACUCGGCAUCGUCGGGGUACUCGACUUUUAGUCGACCAAGGGGGUCAAGCUCGGAGAGUAGCUCCCAGUCGAGCCCCCAAAAAUCGCAGAGCCGAAGGAAGCCGUCGGACACGAGCAACUUUGACCAGCUCAUGAACGACCUCGAGACGUCCAUGUCGAAUAUGGGAUCCGCGCGGAACGACGACGUCUCGCCCCCCCCGCCCUUGGCGCGACCUGUCGACUCCUGGAGUCCGAAUGCGGUGCCCCGACCACCGCUUCCGGCCGUUUCCCCCAUGUCCUCCCCCGAUCUUGAAUCUCCUCCCUCUCCACCUCGAAAUGUCCGACCCUUGGCCCCUUCGUCGCCGCAAACCAAAGCGGCGCCGGGGGUGUCUGAUAAGCAUCAGCAUCCGCAUGAUCCGGCGGUACAGUCGGCGAGGGGAUCAUGCAAGGCAUGCGGCGAGGCCAUCAAGGGCAAGAGCAUUUCGUCCGCGGACGGUCGCCUCACGGGACGCUACCACAAGGCGUGUUUCGUGUGCACGACCUGCCGGGAGCCGUUCUCGUCCGCCGAGUUCUACGUGCUCGACGACAAGCCGUACUGCGAGGUCCACUACCACAAACUGAACGGCAGCCUCUGCGGCAGCUGUGGCCGCGGCAUCGAAGGCCAGUAUCUGGAGGACGAAGAGACGAUCAAGUACCACGUCGGGUGCUUCCGGUGCGGCGACUGCGGCGUGCCCCUCUCCAACGGCUAUUUCGACGUCGACGGCAAAGCGUUCUGCGAAAAGGAUGCUUGGAGGCGUAUGCACCAGCCACCGCACCCACAGCCGCGGAUGGCGGACGGGCUCGGCCCCUUUGGACCGGAAAGUGGUCCGGGGCGACCGAUGAAUAGGUCGCCUGCUCCGCCUCAUGGAGCUUAUACUGGACGUCCUGGCCCCCGUCCGCCCAUGGGACCGGGCGUGGGACUGCCGAUGGGCCGUGGUCGGGGAGGACCUCCUGGUAUGGGCGGACCUAGACCGGCCGUCGGCCUGCCGAGGGGUCAGAGAGUCGCGCCCGGAACCAAUCUGGCUCCCAACCUCGCGCCGAUGCCGAGGAUGAACAAGCGCAUGACGAGACUGGGCAUGAUGUGAAGAGGCGUCUGCCCUUGGUAAGAGCUACUACCAUACUAGGCCUGACCUCGUCCAGCAGCGGACAAUGGCGGGCAGGUAUGCUCGCGACAGCAAACGAUGAGGACGUCCCUUACAUGGGAUGAUUUAUGACCAUAUUUUGACAUUAGCACU